UACCACAUUGGAACUCACCGAAUGACGGAAUCGUUGAAAGGAGCGCCGAAAAAAAGCGAAAAGCCCGUGAAGCAUUUAAUUCUAGACACUGGAGCGGUGAUUGCGAAUGUUAAUCUUCAUUUUUCAACUAAAGUGUACGUAGUGUAUUCACGUUUAUACUUUCAGGAACUUGCAGAGAAUUACUAUGCACCUCCCGAAGUUGUCGAUGAAUUACGAUCUCGCCGUUCCAAAAUCACAUUCGAUAUGCUCCCUUUUGAAGUCCUCAUUCGAGAACCAUCUGCCAUCGCAUUGAGGAAAGUUGUUGAUGCUUCCAAAAAAACUGGCGAUUUUGUAUCGCUUUCUCUGGCUGACAUUAAAGUAAUUGCCCUAACUUACGACAUUCACAGUGAAUACUGCCGUAAGACCGAGACGGUUGGUAUUCAUUUCAUUCCUUUCUAUAAAAUGAAUAAAAAAGCAGGUUUACAGGUUCCUGACGAAGAAGCUUCCAUGUCAGACGUUAUGAAUGAGAUUAACGCUAGUACGGCCGGGAAGACCUCGUCUGCAAGUGAUUCAGAGAAGGAAAUGAAAGUCGAACCAUCACUGAAUACCUUACCAGAAGGUUUUUGCGAUAGUGUGUGUAGUGACGAUGAAGAAGGUUGGAUAACAGAGGAUAACCUCAGCAAGGCACUCAGGAAGAUGGGUGCUCUGGAGGUUGAGGAAGGUCUAACUGUGGGAUGCUUGACGACGGAUUUUGCUUUACAAAACGUUCUACUAAGCAUGCACCUCGGUCUGGUGUCUUUGAAUGGGUAUCGGAUAAAAAAACUGAAGACAUUCAUAUUGCGUUGCCGGGCUUGUUUCAAAACUACACCGAUAAUGACGAAGGAGUUCUGUCCUGCCUGUGGAAAUAAAAUGUUGCAUAAGGUCGCUGUUUCUGUUGAUGAAAACGGAGAGCAAGUGCUGCAUAUAAACUGGGAAAGGCUUGCAAAUAAACGAGGUCUGAAGCAUUCCCUGCCAGCUCCGAAAGGAGGGAAACAUGCGGUAAUGGAAAAAUUGUUCGAAGAUCAGCCAAUGCCGCAAAAUCGCAUGGCAAAGGUGCGUGCUGAUCCGCUCGAGGAUGGUCCUUUUUCAAUACAUGACGUCACUUCCCGGUCAGCGAUGCUUGGCGUACGGACUAUGAACAAUAAGCACAGACAGAGGCGAAACCCCAAUGAAGCGCGAGCGGGUGGUCGGAGGAAAUGA